UAGACCGAAUCCGUUCCUUCCCAAGCCGAGACUAUUUAUACGAGAUGAAUUAUCGUUCUUCAAGUCCUGACGGAAGAUAAAGUCCAACGCUGGAAAUUGUAUCUCGAAGAUCUAUGAUGGACAUCGAUUCUCAUAAAAUUCAAGAUGCUGAAGAAAUGGAAUCGAGUACGACGAUCUUAAUUUUUAUGCUGUAAAACGAUCGUCGUGUACAGCUGAUUUUUGAAAGAGCGAUUCAUUGAUACGAGCGCAUGCGUGUGCAAAAUUUCGCAAACGCAUUUGGUGACCGGAGACUCAUGGCACGGUCCGUGUCUGUCUCUUGGGCGAUUCGAUGAAUCUCGCCUGUCUGUUGCUGCCGGUUCGAUAAUUAUCAGCGAUCGUAGAGUGGUCUGCGUGGAUUUCUGAUAAGCAGACCGGCCGUGGUCGUGCUUUGAAAUUUCCGACACGCACACUUACUCGACGAACGUUUCCGUUGUUAUUGUUGUCGUCACGUUGACACACAUUCCGAAUGAGAAGCCAUCGGACUGUCCACAGGAGGACCGAGACGAUGUCGAACUUUGUGAAAUUCACGAAACUGAGGACGACCACAGAUUGCACGUUCUGGGCGAAGUUCGCCGAGUUGAAGAUAGACAAAUUUAAGCUAGACGAGAAGACGGUGAUCAAUCUAUGGGGAAGUUACAGUCUGCAAUCGUUAAACGAAGACAACACCAAUCCUUUGGUGUUGGAUUUCACUUCGUUCAAUGAAGACUCGGAGACGCUGAACAACAACUCGUCUGUUGUCUGCUUUGGACACAUGAUCAACACGAACACCAUGGAAGCGUUCAAGCAAACCAAUCCUGAUAAGUUCAUUGAACGCAUGGGAAGGAACGUUCUCACCGAAAUACAAGAUGGGACUAUAUUGAAAAGCCCAUGGAGGCUGUCCCUGUUCAUAGUAUUAGCUUAUUCAGACCUGAAGAAGUAUAAAUUCUAUUACUGGGUCGCGCAUCCCACACCUUUUCGUUUGCCAGAAAUGUACGAUCAAGAACCACCGAGGUCGAUCGACGAGGAAUUCACGGAGGAACACGUGGAACAAUUUUCCAAAACGUUUUUACAAUUGCACAGCAAGACAAAGAAUUACUUCACAGUUUUAUUAUCCAAGGAUGGUAAACUGAGCAUUGUCGAACUGGCAGUAGGUGUGGAAAUCAAUAGUAGCGAGAAGCGAUUAGAGGAGUACAAUGAAAUUUAUUUCGCUUUUUACGACCCCUGCACGGGUUCCAAGCCCGGAUGGCCUCUACGAAAUCUCCUGUGCUUAUUGUGCUGGCACUGUCCCACGUAUUUCUUCUCGAGAACGAUUAAACUCGUCGCGGUACGAGGGAACAAAGCGCAGAGGAGUCUCGUGUUCAAACUGAAGACCAAAGAAUACGGGCAUGGAAAGGACGUGAGGGAGUCUCUGUUCUGCGGUCCGCUGGUCGGCUGGGAGAACAACGCGAAUGAUAAAUUAGGUCCAACCAUAGCAGACCUCUCCGAUACGAUGGAUCCGACCAAAUUGUCGGACAGAGCCAUAAACCUGAAUCUGAAGUUGAUGAAGUGGCGCCUGGUGCCCGAUUUAGAUCUAGACAAGAUCAGCAAUCUCAGGUGUCUUCUGUUAGGGGCUGGAACCCUGGGUUGUUCGGUGGCAAGGGUUCUCUUAGGCUGGGGCGUGAACAACGUCACGUUCGUCGACAGUGCGAACGUGUCGCACAGCAACACUGUGCGACAGAGUUUGUACAGUCACCAGGACGCCGUGAAACACAAGCACAAAGCUUAUGCCGCGAGAGACGCUUUAAUAAACAUUCGACCGAGCAUCAACGCGGAAGGUGUAGUUUUACACGUUCCGAUGCCCGGGCACGUGGUGAGCGAGAGCCUGAUGGAGUCUACGAAGCAGGCGUUAGAAAAAUUAGAGGAGCUGGUAGAGAAGAGCGACGUAGUGUUCUUGUUGCUGGAUUCUCGCGAGGCCAGAUGGCUGCCUACGGUCCUGUGCGCUGCUAAGAAUAAAAUCGCGAUCAACGCGGCUUUGGGAUUCGAUUCGUACACCGUGCAGAGACACGGCACUCGGGACGUCACCGCCGCGAUUUCCCCGGACUUGGAAUCCAGGAAUCCCUGCGGCAGGGACUUAGGUUGCUACUUUUGCAACGACGUGACGCAGCCCGGAAACUCGCAGACCGAUAGAACUUUGGAUCAGCAAUGUACAGUGAGCAGGCCGGGAUUAUCGCAGAUCGCCGCAGGACUCGCGGUGGAGUUGCUGAUAGCAUUGUUGCAACACCCGAAAGGAGUCGAGGCGGAAGCGAUAGUGGGUAACAGUAGAGACAACGUCGGUCCGAACGAUACGGAAUUGGUAGGCCUUCUGGGAUGCGUGCCGCACACGAUAAGGGGAUCCCUGUGGAAUUACGAUACGCAAUUGACGAUCACGCAUAGGUUCACGUCUUGCACGGCCUGUUCCGUAGCUGUGAUCAGCGAGUACAAAAGUCGGGGUUUGGACUUCGUUUUGGACGCGUGCAACACCCCGAAUUACUUGGAAAAGUUGUCGGGUUUGGAGGAGUUGCUUAAAAGGCCAGAUUUAGACGAGCUUUGCUACGCGUUGGACGGUAUGAGCGACGACGACGAGGACGAUCAGGAAAAUGUGAUACCUUGAACGUGCACAUUUUUCUCUCGGACGGACACGUUUCUCGCACCGCGGUCUAACAAUUUUACGCGAAACGAAUUGAAAACUGAAUGGAAGCAUCGUCGAAUGCAUCGAUCAUACUUUUUUUUAAUCGUUGCGUCGGAGUACCUCUUGGCAUCGUGAUUUAACUUUCGUAUGGAGAUUUUAUAUGGAGUCGUUGAAACACGCUUGGUUGAAAUAAAUAUUCGAACUCCUGAAAA